GAGCAUAGCAAUGGGCGUUCUGUGCAGAGUUGAAAUCAUGGUAGCGACUCAAACCAAACAGUAUGGUUGGAAAUAAGGGAUGGUGACCGUGAGUGAAUUCCGGCUAAGUGAGCUCGGCGAGUUGUGUUGCACCCGCCCAUGUCCGAGCUGGAUAGCCUCGUCUUGUAGAUGACGAGCCGGAGACAAGACUUGGUCGGCUAGUGUUGGUGGUUGGAACGACAGCUGGGAAAUGGCCCGUGCACAAAAAACGACCCAUAGGCUUCACGUGAUUCCACACGUGCCUUGAUCCUUGCUCAGACUUACAGUGGCAGUCAGCACUGACCACCUCAAGGUGGGAGCUCCACUGGCUUCUCAGCGACAGUAGCCAGAGCUCCGAGAACAGAAGCGCAAGCAUCACCACCUCGAACCCCCCUCGCAAUUGUCGACGCUAGCCCGCCUCAAUUGCAGCAAAAAUGGCGACAGGCACGGCUUCCGAGAUCCCGCGGCAGGCGACCCGCGAGGAGAUGCGUGAUGCCAAACUCCCCAUGGCGUACCGCGACAGCUGCGGCCACCUCUUGAUCCCCCUCAACCGCUGUCGCCAGGACACAUACUACCUUCCCUGGAAGUGCAACGACGAGAGACACAGCUACGAAAAGUGCCAGUACGUCGAGUUCAAGAAGCGGGUGGCCAAGAUGGACGAGCUCAGAGAGGCCAAGGGAGGUGCGCGGAGUAACUAGAGCGGUGGAAGACGGCGGGGAAACCAACGGGCGAGCACAUGAAUCACAAGACGGGCUUGCAGUGUACAUACAGAAUAAGAAGGUGAAGCAUGGUGGUCUAGGCUGGGAAAUCAUAGACGGCAUUGCAUCACACACGAGCAAAUACCUGCCUGGGAAUCUCGAGGACCAGGAAGCUGACAAUCCGGGCAUAGCUGAGGCGCAGGGACAGGACAGUGUCUCUUCAGGACAACAACAUUGCUCGAGCUUGUCCAUCAUCAGGCUACGAGCUAGGCAAUCUAGUUCGCUUAUAUUCAGUCUAUAAAGCUCUAGGGUCGUGCAGACCCGCCUAUCUAUCUAGGAACCCCUCUCUGCGAAUUUCUCGAGAUUUUCAGGUUCUUUGUGAAAUGGAUUCUUCCAUCAACUUUUGGUGAGACAAUGGGGACCCCCUUUUCAUCGUCUUUGCCAAGCACCAUCUUAUACCUGACGGCCCAAAGACCGGAGUUCCGACUGCUCAGAUACGGAUUGUUCAGGUACUUUUUCACAGCCACCGGGGCCUGAUUCUUCUUUCUGUUCCCGGUGACCAUGAAAUAAACGCGUUGCCGAUGUCUGACCACUCCCCAAAAGUCUUGAAAAAGAGGUCGGUGUCGGUCAUGCCUUGCGCUUCACCCUCUCACACCAAUUGUCCCUUGCGGAGCAUAGAGAAACCUCCCCAGCCGUUGGCCAACCACUCAGUCAUGGCAACGGUGUAAUAUUUCUCAUCACGAAUAUGCUCUUCAAUCCGCGUGCCAUUGACAUGCUCUUGGAGAACCCAUUUCGCAGAGACAAUUCUGACCCCUUCGGGCCUCGCCAGUGAGGCAUUCACCCUCAAGCCUCCUAUCUGAAGAUACGACGCCUACCUUUGACACUGUCCAGCUCCGGCAAGUCCUCGCCCUCCUUUUUGACGCACAUCUACAACACACUCAACCCUUCCCACGCCGCGCCGCUUUUGACGACCCUGAUCUCUGGACUGGUGACCUCGUAUCGACCACUACCCACCUUACCCUUGCUUUCCCCCUCGCUGUGCUGGGACUGCAUCACAAGCUCAGGGUAAAAAGUCCCCACGGCCUCACGGUCAUAACCUCCAAAGAUAAAAUCCACCCUCUCGAGCCCCUUUUCCUGCGUCGCACCACUAAGAAGGAGGUCCUCCGCCAGUCUCAUAUUCGUCACGGCAACCACAAGAUCAACCCUGUACUCUGUCCUCAGCACCUUUGCGCUGGAUUUGCUUCACUCACAAGAAACUCCUUGUGCUCCUUAUAAGCCAAUCUUGUACUUUCCCUGCUGCCGGAUAUCAAAAACGUCCUGGGCUGAAGGAGGUACCAGCGCCGCGGCGGGGGACACGACGAGAUUGGUCUUGGGGGCGGAGACACCGGCGUCUUGAAAGCAAAGUUCGGAGGACUGUGCUUCUGAGGAGCGAUGUUUGGGAGAGGCAGAAGCCAGCCCAAACGGGGGAAAGGUAGGCUCUCUGGCGGAGCUGCUGGGGGUAUCUAAUAUCAGUCAGUACACGGCACACAGAAAUGACAACGGGAGUUGGGGCAUGCCAGAGAUGCAGCACACUACAUCAAUGGGCAGCUGUGAUAAAACAGUCGCGAUCCCCUCCGCAUUUGUAGUUGCUUGCUCGUUCGGGGUAGCUGGGGCAAAGACACCACUGCUGAGAACCACAAUCGGGGUGGAGGAGUUUUUAGGAUUGCCCCGGAGUUCAACCUUCAAGAGGUUCCCCCCGU